AUGUAUUUUCUGUUUUUAUUAUAUAACUAUCAUUAUAUCAACCUUUAUACAUCUAACUAUAUAUAUAUAACUAUAACUAUUCUUUCUUAUAUUUUAUCCUUUCUUUUAUAUAUAUAUACCUCUACCAUAUUUUACUUAUAUACUUAUUAUCCUUACACUUUUUAUACACCUAUUAUAUAUAUAUAUAUAUUAUUUAUUAUAUAUAUUAUAUCCUUUAUAUUAUAUAUCAUAUAUCAUAUCCUUUAUACUUUAUAUACCUUUAAUAUCUUACUUUAUUACUUUAUUACUUUAUUCCUUUAUUCCUUUAUUACUUUAUUCCUAUAUUACUUUAUUCCUUUAUUCCUUUAUUACUUUAUUCCUAUAUUCCUUUAUUACUUUAUUCCUUUAUUCCUUUAUUACUUAAUUAUCUUACUUUACAGUACUCCCCCCCAUUUUUAUACUAAUUUAUUAGAAGUCUUCAAUAGUAUAGCUGGUUAG